AUGGUGAGCGAGUCCCCGGGGCCCGGCUCCCGGGUCCCCUGGCGGCCAAGAGAUGAGGCGCUGCGCGUGAACGUGGGCGGAGUGAGGCGGCUGCUGAGUGCGCAUGCCCUAGCACGCUUCCCGGGCACAAGGCUGGGCCGCCUACAGGCAGCAGCGUCCGAGGAGCAGGCUCGGCGCCUGUGCGACGAUUAUGAUGCAGCCGCACGCGAGUUCUACUUUGAUCGGCACCCGGGCUUCUUCCUCGGCCUGCUGCACUUCUACCGCACCGGCCACCUGCACGUGCUGGACGAGCUGUGCGUCUUCGCCUUCGGCCAGGAGGCCGACUACUGGGGCCUGGGCGAGAACGCACUGGCCACGUGCUGCCGCGCGCGCUAUCUGGAGCGGCGAGUGACACGGCCUCGCGCCUGGGACGAGGACAGCGACACGCCGAGCAGCGUGGACCCAUGUCCCGACGAGAUCUCCGACGUGCAGCGGGAGCUGGCGCGCUAUGGUGCGGCCCGCUGCGGCCGCCUGCGCCGCCGCCUCUGGCUCACCAUGGAGAACCCGGGCUACUCGCUGCCCAGCAAGCUCUUUAGCUGCGUGUCCAUCGGCGUGGUGCUCGCCUCCAUCGCUGCCAUGUGCAUCCACAGCUUGCCGGAGUACCAAGCCAGGGAGGCAGCGGCAGCGGUGGCUGCAGUGGCCGCGGGGCGCAGCGCAGAUGACGCGCGCGAUGACCCCGUGUUGCGCCGCCUGGAGUACUUCUGCAUCGCCUGGUUCAGCUUCGAAGUGUCAUCGCGCCUGCUGCUGGCUCCUAGCACGCGCAACUUCUUCUGUCACCCGCUCAAUCUCAUCGACAUUGUGUCGGUGCUGCCCUUCUAUCUCACACUGCUGGCUGGCGCGGCGCUUGGUGGCCGGCGUGGAGCCAGCGGAGAGGAGCUGGGAGACCUGGGCAAGGUGGUGCAAGUGUUCCGCCUCAUGCGCAUCUUCCGUGUGCUCAAGCUGGCACGCCACUCCACUGGGCUGCGCUCGUUGGGCGCCACGCUCAAGCACAGCUACCGUGAGGUGGGCAUCUUACUGCUGUACCUGGCUGUGGGUGUGUCAGUGUUCUCUGGUGUGGCCUACACAGCUGAAGAAGAAAACGAGGGCUUUGAUACAAUCCCUGCCUGCUGGUGGUGGGGCACCGUGAGCAUGACCACUGUGGGCUAUGGGGAUGUCGUGCCGGAGACUGUGGCUGGCAAGCUGGCAGCCUCAGGCUGCAUCCUCGGGGGCAUCUUGGUGGUGGCACUGCCCAUCACCAUCAUCUUCAACAAGUUUUCCCACUUCUACCGGCGCCAGAAGGCACUGGAGGCAGCAGUUCGGAGCAGUGGGCAGCGGGCGUUUGAGGACUUGCUGAGCAGCGUGGAUGGGGUAUCAGAGGUGUCUCUGGAAACAUCCCAAGAGACUUCUCAGGAGGGGCGGUCUACAGACCUGGAGACCCAGGCCCCCAGUGAGACUGCGAAACCUCAGAGUUGUUAA